AUGGCCGAUAGCCCAAGCGGCCCGACGUCCGACGAUGCUCCGCCCUGGUCUCCGUCGACGGCCGUCGACGCGCCGCCAAGUGCUGCAUCGACCGUGCUGGAUGCGCCGCCGAUAGCAGUAUUGGUCUCGCCCGCUGCGCCGCUGCAGCUGCCGACCGCGCUGUCGCCCUCCUCGGUCUCGCACCGCCACCCGCACGACACAUACGCGGUGAUCACGCCCGUGAGCUCGCCCAAGCGAUUGUCUGUCUCGAGCGCGCCGGCGGCAGAGCCAGCGCCAGCGGCGUCAACGUCGCCACGUCGUCCGCACUUGAACUUGAACCUCUCAGCGGUCGGCGUCGCCCGCCCGACGAGCGCCCGCGCCCUCGUGCCGUCGUCGAACGGGCGAAUACGCAAGGUGACACGCGACAUUGCGGCGCUGGACUUUCUCCAAAACAUCCCGAUGCUCUCCGAGUGCAGCCACCUCUCGGAGCACUCGCGCAAGCUCGGGCCGCUCUCGUCGCCUGACCACGACGCGCAGUCCCAAGAGUACCCGCUCGAGCUCGACGAGGUCGAGCAGUCGCUCGCGGGCCGGCGGCUGCCAGGGCCCGAUUCGACUGUCGUCAACGUCUUGCCGCUCUUCCGGUAUCGCUUGGCAACCAAGUACCCGGCUGCGUCUGCGGUCGUUCGUCGGUGGGAAGCCACAAUGACAGAGAAGGGAGUUAUCGACGGCCGCAUCUUCCUCUCGAGCGGGAAAGGCUACCCUGUCGGCGUCUCGUCCGUCAUCAAGUACAAUGGCACGGAGAAGGUCACGCGCGCAGGCGGGCGCAAGCGACUCCAGUCGAUCAUGGUCAGCGCCGAGCCGUACGACUGGCGCGGCAAGUCCUACUUCCGCCUCCUCCACUCGACGUGGUCGCGCUGCGACAAGGACCGCGACAGCCAAGACAGCCACCCGAUCGUGCCUCUGUACGACCCCAACUUUCUCGACAACCCCGAGUACCGCCAGGGGCGUCACAAGGACGUGAUCCGCGGCGACCGCAAGGUGGGUCCUGUCGUGAGCAGUAUCCUCCGCUUCGUCAAGCCCAACGACCUCAAAGAGGAAUUGAACAAACAAUUUCGGGAAACGCACGUGUGGCUCGACGACUCGGAGCUCACGUUGAGCAAGAUCCGCAACCUCAAGCAAGAGGCGCUGGCGAUGGGCAGCCGGACGCACCUCGACAUCUCGACCAUUGCGCUCGCGUGCGUCUACUUCGAAAAGCUCGUGCUCAGCAACUUUGUCCACAAAGCCAACCGCAAGCUGUACAUGUCGGCGUGUCUCAUCCUCGCGCUCAAGUUCAACGAGCCUCUCAACCGCGACGGGAUUGUUUCCGUCAUCAAGAAGCUGCUCGUGGAGAUCGACCACGUGCACUCGCUGCCGUCCCGCGACGUGCUCACGGCCGAGUUUACCGUCUACGCGCAGCUCUCGUUUGCGCUGCACGUACCGCUGCAAGAGAUUCAGCCGCAUUUUGCGCGGCUGCUGCGCAUGGUCGAGAGCAACCCGCGGCAGUACCUCGGCGAAGAGACCUUUACGAUUUACUCCAAGCUCUUGCACGAAGAGAAGAGCUGGUACGACAGUGUCGCGGCCGCCGACCACUCGUACGCCGAGGACGACGACGAAGAAGAAGAGGAGGAAGACGGCACGGACCUCGAGGGCGCCGACGACGACGAGGCGCGGGACCAUUCGUCGCUCUUUCCCUGGAACCGCGUGUCGUUUGCGCAAUGGUGGAAGGACCGCACGUAA